AUGAAGGAAGGUCUGCAAAAGUUUGAGCGUAAGGCAGGUGCCUACCUUACCUGGCGAAUCCCAUCCUCCGUUUCACCCUUGGACGAGUUGCCGGCAAAGUAUUCGUACCAAAUAGAAGCCACGACGGAAGGUCAGCUGAAUGGAUGCCUUUUCCAAUGGCACCAGUUACGGCAUUACGGCACAGAAAGGCGGGGGCCUAGCCCGGCGUGGACCCUCCCUCCGUACCUGCUUCCAUUCUCGGUCAGAAGUCUCUCGUCAACUCCCAAACUCCUCAAGUUCCCACCGCUUGACGAGACUUCUUCCUUCUUUCUAGGUAGCUUAACUCUCUCUACCAUGGAGCAGGCAGGUAGCAUCCGUCAUAUUGCACCUGUGCUCAUCAAGCCUUCCAACAGAGGAAGACAGAGACGGAUCUUGGUCGGCAACUACCACUUGCUGACGGCUUGUGGAGCACUCGACUCUGGACUCUGGAGCUUCAUUUCAAAACGUUACACAGUACACUUACAGUACUCCGAACGCCAGCAAACCAAACACUCCUCACUCUCAGUAUCUGUAUUCAGGUCGAAAAUCGCACUUCGCACAAUUGAACAGAACUUGUACAAGCACCGAUACUUUGUCCCCAACACCGCCCACCCACACACACUUUUUGUCUCGAGACCCAGGCCAACACCAAAGGCCAACACCAGGACGAAACAGGUCAGAUAUCCGCCACGUCUCUCUACCGUUCUCUUUGCCCUCCGGCUGCACAAUCAAGCAUUUCUGCAUAAUCCAUGUCGCCAUGCUAUCCCCCUAACGUUCGAAUUGCCUGUCAAUGUCAUGGCCUCCCCUUCCAUCAAUUAUACCUCUCUUUCCGCCGCCGCCGCCGUCACCGUUUUUGCUGGCUCGGGAAUCCUUGGCUCUGCACUGCAACAUCAGAACGGGAGCGCGGCCAAGCUCGAUGCACAUGGCGAUCCCGUCCUCAAGUGGCUUGGACUCUCGAAUCGGCCGAGAGACGGUUGUCUGUGUCCGCAGCUUGAACAUCGUCCGCUGAACCGGAGGCAGCCACUGGCUGCUGUUUGCUGGCCUGGGCUUCGACAGGAAGAGUGGUGCAUAAACGAAACGAGGAACGGCAAAUGCCAAGAGCGGCGGCUGGCCCGAACCACCUGCCACCCUCGCGCACACACUCGCCUCUCCUCGCUUGAGCGCUUGUCCUACUGCAGUCCACGAGUGCGCAGGGCGGAGUGUCCGUUUGGAUGGACGCCAAUUAUUGGCAAAAGUCCAAAGGAUCUUUUGCGAGCGGAUCCCACUCAGCCGUUCCCUUUUGCUAACACUAACUCGAACACAUCCCCCGGUUUAUCGCCUGUCGUUGGUCAGCCACCUGCCAGCCUACAGUACUUUCUCAAGCCAAGCAUCAGCCGUGCAAGUUUGGGUAGAACAAAUCAAACUUUUGCAGACGCGCCUCGUAUACUGUGCUGCUGCCUUUUGGAGCAGAGUUUUCGCUUCGGCCCUGAACGGAGCACUCUCCGCGACAUCCGGCCCAUCAGCACAAUCGUUGAGCCAGCCGGACCCCCUCCAGAUCCCCCCGUUCCCCAGAAAACGCCCUUCGGAUCCCCCCCCCGGCACGCCAUGAAGUCAGGUUUUGACUAUGGGGGCGCCAGUCGCGACUCGAACGUCGCGCCCUCCUUCUAUACCAGCUCUGUUGCAGGCCAGGCCAAUACCACCACGCAACACACGCCCCCCGAACCCGGCCGCCCCUCACGCCCCGUCUUCCAGCUGGCUGCCGCUGAAUGCUCGCCCUGCCCUGUUUUGCUAGGCCGGCUUCGUUUGUCAACUUUGCCCAUGCCGCUCUACCUCGGAACAGGCAAUAUUCUAGAAACAACUCGCCGGUCACCAACACCAACGGAAUGCAAACUCGAAAGACUGCUGAUCUUUGAUUAUCGCCGGCAGUUCCCUAUCUGCCACUUGAACAUCUUCAUCCUGGCUCUAACAAGCGCGAAGUCUGGCCACCUGCUCACGGAUUCCCAGCCCACUCAUACUUUGGGUUCCGCAUGCUACCACUACAAGGAUGGAAGCAUUGUCCGCAUGGAGACAACACGCGCGCCGGAGAAUAAUACAACCCAACGGCAAGAUUUCCCCUCUUUAGAUUCUCGACGCCCGAGGAAGCUGGGGGUUGACGUGACCGCCAUCUCAAUCGAGAAGGGCUCGCAACAUCCGAGCCGAGCUCGCCGGCAAAAGACCAACAGGAAGAUGAGCAUCAGCGUGGACAACCUUACCGGCUGGGAAAGCAGCACCGUUUGUCCAAGUGGGCUUUAUUCCUUCAUCAAGUCGGCGAGCCUGACAGCUGCUACAGCAAAUCGCUACCAGUCAGUCACCUACGGAGUACUUCGUAGUCUUACUGACGUUUUGGGUUGCGAGGGGGAGAUCACAAAAAUCCCCAGCCUUUACCCCAGUUGGCCGGCCAAGCCCGCAAGCCAAGACUUUGAGCUGCAAGCCUCCAAUAGAAAUACACACGAGAUCCGCUCAUUAAGAGAGUGCGUGCGUGGUUGGCAGCCUCCGACUUGUCGCUCACGCAUGCUGCUGGCCUUGCUUGGUUGGCAGCUCUUGGGACUCGGGAGUAAGGACAUUAUUACGUACAUCAUUCUCGCGAAAAGCAGACUUUCUCUCAGCUCUGGCCUUGGCGACGAGGUUUUGAACUCGAGGGGUUUCAGACAAAAGGGCACACGAACUUUUGGAAAUUUCCACAUUGGUUCCUUUGUCAGUCGACCCUGCACAACAUGUGGUCCGAUCACCAAGACAAACUCCCAGACGUGCAACCCGCGCGUCCCAUACUCCUGGUGA